GAAGUGGCUCUCGGAGGCGUUUUUGCCGCCUCUGUCAGGAGCAUCUUCACACUAAUUCCGAGAGGUCUCUGAGGGAGGUGUUGAGCACUUUGUAAGCAUCAUCUCAUUUCAUUUUUGUAACUCUAUGAGGGAUCCCCUGGGUCAGAUCUUCCUCCAGACUCCACCUCAUCUCUCCUUAGCAGCUCUGCUUGAGUUUACAGAUGUCCACCAAACUUUAGGCUCCUGAGAGAAUAAAGGUUGAGACCCAGCAUGACCAUGCCAGCUAAUUGGACCUCUCACCAGAAAUCCCUGGGCCUGGCUCCAGAGAAACAUGGCAGCUCAUGUGAGGGAUCAGUGUCCUUCAGAGAUGUGGCUGUAGAUUUCAGCAGAGAGGAGUGGCAGCAGCUAGACCUUGAUCAGAAAAACCUGUACCGGGAUGUGAUGCUGGAGACCUAUAGCCACCUGCUCUCAGUAGGGUAUCAAGUUCCUGAAACAGAGAUUUUCAUGUUGGAGCAAGGAAAGGAGCCAUGGGCACUGCAGGGUGAGAGUCCACAUCAGAGCUGUCCAGGAGAGAAAUUAUGGGACCAUAAUCAAUGUGGAAAAAUCCUCAGCUAUAAACAAGUACCCUGUCAACAUCAGAAAAGUCAUAGUGGGGCAAAAUCUUAUGAAUGUGUUGAAUUUGGAAAUAUCUUCACCCAGAAGUCACAACUCAAGGUACAUCUGAAAGUGCAUACAGGAGAAAAACUGUAUGUAUGUAUUGACUGUGGGAAGGCAUUUGUACAGAAGCCAGAAUUCAUUACACAUCAGAGAACUCAUACUAGAGAGAAGCCCUAUAAGUGCAGUGAAUGUGGGAAAGCCUUUUUCCAAGUAUCUUCUCUUUUCAGGCAUCAGAGAAUUCAUACUGGAGAAAAACUCUAUGAAUGCAGUGAAUGUGGGAAAGGCUUCUCUUAUAACUCAGAUCUUAGUAUACAUCAGAAAAUUCAUACUGGAGAGAGACACCAUGAGUGCUGUGAUUGUGGCAAAGCAUUCACACAGAAGUCCACACUCAAGAUGCAUCAGAAAAUUCAUACAGGCGAGAGAUCCUAUAUAUGUAUUGAAUGUGGACAGGCCUUCAUCCAGAAGACACACUUGAUUGCACACCGAAGAAUUCAUACUGGAGAAAAACCAUAUGAAUGCAGUAACUGUGGGAAGUCCUUCAUUUCCAAGUCACAACUGCAGGUGCAUCAACGAACUCACACAAGAAUGAAACCGUCUAUAUGCAACGAAUAUGGGAAGGUUUUCAACAACAGUUCCAACCUCAGUACACAUAAGAAAGUACAAAUGAGAGAGAAAUCUUCCAUAUGUACUGAAUGUGGUAAGGCCUUUAUGUACAGGUCAGAGUUGAUUAUACAUCAGAGAAUUCACACCGGAGAGAAACCUUAUGAAUGCAGUGAUUGUGGAAAAGCCUUCACUCAGAAGUCAGCACUCACAGUGCAUCAGAGAAUUCAUACAGGAGAGAAAUCAUAUAUAUGCAUGAAAUGUGGGCUAGCCUUCAUCCAGAAGGCACACUUGAUUGCCCAUCAAAUAAUUCAUACAGGAGAGAAACCUUAUAAAUGUGGUCAUUGUGGGAAAUCCUUUACUUCCAAGUCACAACUCCACGUGCAUAAACGAAUUCACACAGGAGAGAAACCUUAUAUGUGCACUAAAUGUGGGAAGGCAUUUACCAACAGGUCAAAUCUCAUUACACAUCAGAAAACUCAUACAGGAGAGAAAUCCUAUAUAUGUCCUAAAUGUGGCAAGGCCUUCACACAAAGGUCAGACUUGAUUACACAUCAGAGAAUUCAUACUGGGGAGAAACCUUAUGAAUGCAAUACCUGUGGAAAAGCCUUCACCCAGAAGUCACACCUCAAUAUACACCAGAAAAUUCACACUGGAGAGAGACAGUAUGAAUGCCAUGAAUGUGGGAAGGCCUUCAACCAGAAAUCAAUACUCAUUGUGCAUCAGAAAAUUCAUACAGGAGAGAAACCCUAUGUGUGCAGUGAGUGUGGAAGAGCCUUCAUCCGGAAGUCAAACUUUAUUACUCAUCAGAGAAUUCAUACUGGGGAGAAACCUUAUGAAUGCAAUGAUUGUGGGAAAUCCUUCACCUCCAAAUCUCAGCUCCUGGUGCAUCAACCAAUUCACACAGGAGAAAAACCAUAUGUGUGUGCUGUUUGUGGGAAAGCCUUUAGUGGCAGGUCAAAUCUCAGUAAACAUCAGAAAACUCAUACUGGAGAAAAGCCCUACAUCUGUUCUGAAUGUGGGAAGACCUUCAGACAAAAGUCAGAACUGAUUAUACAUCAUAGGAUUCAUACUGGAGAGAAACCUUAUGAAUGCAGUGACUGUGGUAAAUCGUUCACUAAGAAAUCACAGCUCCAAGUGCAUCAACGAAUUCACACAGGAGAGAAGCCUUAUGUGUGUUCUGAGUGUGGGAAGGCCUUCACUGACAGAUCGAAUUUGAACAAACACCAGACAACACACACUGGAGACAAACCCUAUAAGUGUGUAGUCUGUGGGAAAGGCUUCGUUCAGAAAUCAGUUCUCGGCGUGCAUCAGAGUAUUCACACUUGAGAGAAACAUUCAGAAAACCUCAGUGAGAUCAGAUUUUAUUUUACAUUAUGGAAUUCGUGCAACAGAAAAAUAUGCAUAUUAUCAUAACUAGAAGUGCUCCAUCAGAAUGUCACACAUUACUAUACAGAAGAGGACCUCUGAAAGGACCCUGAAUGGGAGGAAUGGGAGGACCCCUUCCCAUAUUGUCACCAGCCUCAGUAAACCUUGGGGCAUUCACACUGAGAAGGAACUUUGUCAGUUUGGUACAUUAGAAGAAACCUUCUCAUGAAAACUGUAAUGGAACGCUUACCAAAUUCUGCACUGGAAACAUUAUGUGAGGUCAUGUUAAUGAUAAUCCUGUUUACUGUGGAAUAGGUAACAUGCCAACAAGUUGAAUGGUAGAACAGCAUAAUAUAUACGAUAACAAUAAACCCUGAGUUCUGUGAAAUGUUUGUUACAGAACACAUUGAUUGCCUAACAGAAUUUUGUGUGUCAUUCUUCUGUUGAAUCAAACAUGGUCUGCGUAUCUAAUCCCCCAUUGCAUAUUUUUAUCAAGAAAGGGAUGCCACAAUAAAAAAAU